GUUAGUCUUUAGAGUGCUUGACUAGGCGAAGCGAAUUACGGCUUUGAGAAUUUUCGAAAUUUACAUGGAUUUAUUCAAAUGAAAGCGGUAAAAGGAAAAUCAUAUCAAAAUGCCAAGAAGAAAAUUGACACGAGCUACAAAAACCAGGAAAACAUCUAGGGUUUCCGAUGGCAAUGAGGUUGAGAUCACAAACAAAGCGGAGCGAGAAAAAUUAGAGACCUAUCUCCGAGACUUUGAUGCCAGGGUUGAAAGAAAAUUACAGUUGUUUGAGCAGAAAAGGUCCAAUUUGUUCAAGCUGUUCAGAUCCUUUCAUCACACUGAAAAACUUGAACUUGGAAAGACAGUUCUUGAUAUGACCUUAGCAGAAUAUGCAGAAUUAUCGGAUCCUAAAACAGAACCAGAAAAAGAAAACAUAAAGGCAGAUGAUGCACAGGUGGAAGAAGAGGAUGAGUUCCUUCCAGAUGUUCCAGCACACCUGAGGAGACAUUUUUCGAGGGCUAAAGAAACAAAUCUGAAUAUCCAGGACACUAUAAUGGAAGAUGACGUGUUUACGGCAAAUGGUAACAAAACAAAUAAGAAACCAGAUUCAGGGCUAAGGAGGCUUGCUUCUGUCAAAUCAUGUAUGCCACCACCAUCCCCAGGAAUGCCAUUCAAAAGUCGCUUCUUGGGAUCAGCACAGAAAAAAUUUCAGACGCCACUCAACCGAAAUUUAGCUGAUGCAGUAUGGUCAAAUACACCUCUCGUUACCCCUAAGUUUGAUCCUAGAGUUCCACUUACCCCAGCAGAGACCAGACAAGCCAAGCCAGGAGAAAUUCUUAUGUCCUUACAUGGAAGUCCAGUUCACAGCAAUAACCAUAGCAACGCAUUAAAGUUGAAAGUCAAACAAAAGCGAAAUACUGUGAGAUUGGCCAUCGACCUUCCAGGGGAAACUGAAAAGGCAGAAAUUGAUUCUCUUCCUCAUGAGGAAAAAUUAACUGCAAUUAUGAAUGUAAUAUCACAAGCUUUGAAAGAAGGAAAGGCUGGACAUUGAUUACUGAGGAGAAACACCCAGACAACCAAGAAAUUUCUGUCAGUGAAAUCGCACUGUGAUGUUUUAAGCAAUAUUAUACAAUAUACUCUAUGAGUUGCAGUUUUAUACCAUGUGUCGUUUGAUUUUUAAACUGCCUUCAAUGGAGGUCCAUUGUUGAUUUUUUUUAUUGCUUCACAUUUCCACUCCAGAUUUGAAAUUGAGAAUACAAAAAAAUUAUAAGUCAGAUGGCAUAUAAAUAGAUUUUUAUCUCAGUUUUAAACUUAGAUGGUACAAUGUAUGUCUUUGUGUGUACCAAAAUGUACAUUUAUUUUUUUAAUAAGUUGUAGUAUUUUCAGCACUGACUGAUUUUUUUUUUUGGAUCAUUUAUUUUUCAAGUGUCAGCACACAAAAUAUCAAAUCUAUCUAAAUGCUGCAUUAUUACAAGUAUGUAUGAGAAUUAUUUUUGAUGAAUUGGACAUCCAUAUUUUUUACUGUUCUUGUGACAGAGUGAGCUUGGUUAUACAUGGAAAUCUACAUUGAAAAUUCCAGGAUCUUAUGUAUAAAUGCAUGUAUGUGUGCCAGACUAGCUUGAAAAUAAAAUAUACACCGCAAAAAAAAAACAAGAUUUGAGUUUCAUGUCAAUAUAUGAAUGUUUUACUUUUAUGUAAGCUUUUCUUUCAUCUAUAGAUUAAAAUUUGUGUAAAACUUACCUUUUUUAAGAUUGUAAUUUAAGGGGGAAAAAGUUGUUACAUUGUUCAUGUAAAACAGAGACCUUUAAUUUGAACUUUGAUUCCCUAAUAUGUACACAGAACAUGAAAGGCUAUAUGAUGUAUCUCAACUAGUUAUUUUUUAAAAUCUUGAUUGAUAUUAAAGGAGAAAUGUGUUUGCUGAUUUUAUUCCUACAUGUAGUUACUCAAGACAUAUUGAUGUAUGUGCAGCAUCAAAGCUACUUGAAAAGAAUUUUCAAAAAUUCACUGUCUCGUAAUGUGCACAGUGUGUUAUGAAAACCACAACACAAAUCAUCUACUAUAUCUAAAAGAGGUGAUGUUUCUGCAGAACUAGACGGUAAAAUCGUUUCUAUCAUAUUAGUACAAGCAGCGCACUACAAAGGUUUCUUUGAAACGUAUUUCAAACAAAAUAGGAAAUUACUGGGGCAACAGCAGCUCUUGUGCACUUCAGUUACUUGCCAAGACAUAUUGAUUACUAAUGGACUUGACAGUUGUAUGUGUACACUGUAUAUUCUUUACAAUUGUAAAUUUCAAAAUAAUGUUUUCAUUCUAGGUAUGGCUAGUAGAGAAACUUAGUUAUUAAACAAUGUUUAUAGUUAUGCAUUGUUAUUCUGUAAAUCAUUAUUUCAAAAGAAAAUACUGUAUUUGAAAAAAAACAACAACCAAAAACACAAGCAUGUUACAUGUACAUGUAUGUAAGGAUAAUUUACAUUGUGUUCCAAGAAAAUAAAUUUA